AUGGCUCUGUACAAGGUGAUCUGUGUGGCGACUCUGCUGACUCUCCUGACACCAGAGUCUCACUCGCAGCUCGAAUGCCCUGUCUCCUCAGUGUGCGGUAAGCCUCCACUCAACACCAGGAUAGUUGGAGGACAGGUGGCCCCUGAAGGCAGCUGGCCCUGGCAGGUCAGCCUGCACGGCUCCGCAGGGACUCACUUCUGUGGAGGAUCCCUCAUCAACAAUGAAUGGGUCCUGACUGCGGUUCACUGCGUCCCAAGCGCCAACCCGAACGGUCUGGUUGUGUAUCUCGGUCGCCAGAGUCAGCAGGGAUCCAACCCCAACGAGGUGUCUCGGACAGUAACGCAGAUCAUCAAUCAUCCCAACUACAGCGCAGUUACCAAUAACAACGACAUCUCCCUCCUGAAGCUCUCCUCGCCGGUCACUUUCACCAACUUCAUCAUGCCCGUCUGCCUGGCGGCCUCGGACAGCACCAUCUACGCCGGCACUGGCGCCUGGGUCACCGGCUGGGGAAACAUUGGGUCUGGAGUGCCCCUUCCUUCACCACAAAACCUGAUGGAGGUGGAGGUGCCGAUUGUGGGGAACAGACAGUGUAAAUGUGACUAUGGAAUCAACACAAUCACAAACAAUAUGAUAUGUGCCGGAUUACGAACUGGAGGGAAGGACUCCUGUCAGGGGGAUUCAGGCGGGCCGCUGACGAGCAAGCAGGCCGGGCGCUGGAUCCAGGAGGGGAUCGUGAGUUUUGGAAAUGGAUGUGCUCUACCCAAUUUCCCAGGAGUCUACACCAGAGUGCAGCAGUAUCAGACCUGGAUCAACAGCCAGAUCACCAGCAACCAGCCAGGCUUCAUCACCUUCACCUCCACUGGGACUGACAGUGACCUGAACGUCACCUGUCCAGGCCUGCCGCCACCUCCAACCACGGUCCCUCCAACAACCACAGCCAAACCUGUGGUCUGCGGCCAAGCCCCGAUGAACUCACGUAUUUUGGGAGGAAGCUCGGUGGCGUCAGCUGGUGUGUGGCCGUGGAUGGCGAGCCUACAGAAGAAUGGAAGUCAUGUGUGUGGUGGGACUCUGGUGGCCGUGGACGCCGUGCUGAGCAACGCCAACUGUUUCUCAAGUUCACCCAAUCCGUCUGAAUGGACCGUCAUCUUGGGUCGACUGAAGCAGAACGGAUCCAAUCCCUUUGAGGUGACGCUGAAGGUCACAAACAUCACUCUGAGCAACCUGACGGGGUCCAAUGUAGCAGUGCUGCAUCUGGCAACUCCACCCACCCUGUCUGACUACAUCCAGCCCAUCUGCCUGGAGAACGGACGAACCGUCAGCGUGGGGACGACGUGCUGGGCUGCCGGCUGGAGCUCCGGGCGAGGAGGGGUGGAACAAGUUCUGCAGGAGCUCCAGACCUCGGUGGUCGACUGUGGGAACGUCACAACCUCAGACAGCAUCUGUACAGGAGCUUUAACACUGGAGCAGGGUGACUCUGGCGGCCCGUUGAUGUGUCGGCAGGACUGGCUCUUGGUUCCAGGCGGCGGUGUUGUCAGUAGAAAACUCCACCGCUCAAACACGAGCAAAUCCAGUGACGGUCUUCGCCAGUCUGAACAGGUUCUCAGCCUUCUUGUCUCGGACAGUGGGCACGUUCUUAUCUCCAGCCUCCAACAACAGCAGCAGCACCAACACCACAGCUGCCACCACCAUAAUGACCACCAGCGGGGGCGCUCUCACUCACUCCUCAUCCUCCUCCUCCUCCUUCCUCCUCUACCUCCUCGUCCUCUCAGCGUGUCUCCACCUCUUCUCAUAGGAAAACCUGUCUCUGUAAAUAGCGAUUUACAUGAUGUGACUGGUACAAAUGAAUGUAAACAAACAUGAAUCUGAGAGACAACAUCAGCUUAAAGCUGCAACAACUGAUCUGUGACUUGAUUCUGCCUCUGCAGGGAGCAGAGUAGUGAAGUUAGCGGGGUUAAAUCAGGCGUCCAGGAUUCCUGGCUGAAUGUGCUACAUAGUUCUGGCUUCUGGCCCCUGAGGCUCUUGGGUAAUGUAGUAUUUUGGAACAAUGCACAUAACAAACUUCCUCCUUUGUGAGCUGAGGAGCUGUGUUGACAGGGGGAAACAUCCUGUGUCCCAUUUCCACGUUCACAGUAAUUUUUAAAGUUAUUUUUUAGUUUCCCUCUGCAGCUGCAUCAUCAACAUCUGCAAUUUAUUUUCUUUUUGUUGUGAGUAAAGUGCUGCGCACUCAGAUGCACAAUUUUGUCAACAUACUAGCCUAUCAGUCAUACUAGAGACUUAAAACCUGAUUAGACUUAAUAAUAUUAUGUAAAUGGGACACAGAUGUUUGCAGUAAAGUCUCCAAAAGUGAACUCACAGGCGAACAUGAUUAUAAAUCAUUAUUUGAUUAUCCAGGAGACUCUUUAAAGGAAACUUUAAAACCUCCAGCCCACUUCACUACUCUGCUACAAGAAUAAAUCAUGGCUCGUUCUUUCUGUCGAUGACACAGAAAGGAAACGUGACAAUCUGCUCUGAUUAGCUUUUCUUCCUCUGAGUCCAGAGAGGAGCUCCUGGAUGCUUUCAGUCUUUAAUGAAAGGUGUAAAAUAUGGGUGUGCAAUGAAGAAUCAUUGACACUGAACUGAGGUAAUGUACAUAUAGGUAGCCCGGCAUUCCAGCAUUUCAUGGGUUUUGAAGCUCCAUGGACCACGAUGUAUGUAUGUAUCUGCACCACUGGUUUAUUAUUGUUUUAAUCAGUACAACAAUUAAUAUGAAAUCUUUUUACUAACUGAACUGAAUUUUUACUAACUGAAGAUUGUUUCAUCCGUUUUUAAGCUCAGAGUUCAGAGAGACCCCGUGAGUAGUGUUCAUUAAAACCAGAUCCAGACGUCUGUCAUUUACAGAAAACUUGAACUCACGUGAAAAAAAAAAAAAAAAAAAAAAGGGUGGGGGGGUGUUUUUUAUGGAUGAGGAUCACAGUGACAACAAUCAGCCUCUCAGUCAACUACCUCACAUCAGAGAGCUACUGCACCGUAACGCCAGCUUCUAUCUGAGGGGACGAAGCCCUUCACGAGCAGAGUGUUUGCACUGAGAAUACUUAAGCUGCACUUUGAGCUCUUUGAAAGAUAAACGUUCAUUUUAAGCUUCGUCGUUGAAUAAAACUGCCCCAUAAAUGCGAAAGCACUGAAUAAUUUUCCCGUUUGUCUUUAGAUGAAGUGAAAAUCUUUUCUUUUUGUUUGAUUCAGUGACAUUUUCCUUCAUGAUGUGAUCGUACAUGUUCUGCUGCUCUUUUCAUUCAGGAGAAGGAGCACAUUAAUACUAGUUAAUACCAAUAAAAUACACUGAAAAUCUA